GAAAUGGUUUGGCCAGUGAAAACGUCAAUCACUGUAACGAAACGACAGAUUUCUGCGUAGCUCACGCCAACAGGUCACCAAGAAGAUACGGGAAUAGGCUGAAAACGACAGUUGCUGUGUAUACAUGUGUUUUGUUUUGCUACUGUAGCUUGUUCGUUUUUAAUCAGUUUUAGUGUGUUUUUGCAUUUGUUUUUAAACGUUUUUUUUUCGUUUUGCUACUGGAACGACUGCGCCGGUGUACGCUAGAGCAAGGUUGGUUGCCUAGGUAACACCUCUGCAAAGUGAGCUGCUGCUGUGUUGCUGAUACAAAAUUCCUGCUGCUGUGUUACUUAAACGUACAAAGAUGAGAGGGAACGAUCGGGGUCAUGACAACAAACGAACGUCGAAAUAAGUAAGGGUCAUGCUUUUGACAUCAUUAACCCUAUCCGAUUUGCUUGUUUAUUUUUGGAGUGGAAAAGACGACUGAGUUGAUGCACAGUUCACAACUCCGUGAAACUGACAUCUGGGCAGUUCUGGACAAUGAUGCUUGACGUUUACAACAGUCUAAACGGCAGUAAUUAGCAAUGAAAAAGCUAUUCAGCUUUGGGAAGAAAAAGAAAGGACUUUCUCCCAAUACUUCUGACACUGGGAGUGUGGUGUCUGCUGGAUAUGAGCUUAAGGAAAAAGAUCUAGGAAAGUUACACAAAGCUGCUUCUACAGGGGAUCUUUCCAAGCUGAAACAGCUUGCAAAGAAACACGACCUUAGCCAGCUGGACAAAGAUAACAGAACGCCUUUACAUCUUGCCUGUGCUCAUGGGCAUGUUGAUGUUGUACAUUUUCUGACGGAAAGCAAAGCCAAACUAAACCUCUGUGAUAAUGACAACCGUUCCCCGUUAAUGAAGGCAGUACAGUGCCAACAGGAACGCUGUGUUGUUACCCUUCUGGAACAUGAUGCUGAUCCAAACCUUGUGGAUAUCAAUGGAAAUACUGCCCUACAUCUCGCUGCCCUCAUCCCUGCCAUCUCUAUGGCCAUUCAGUUGCUGGAUCAUGAUGCACGUAUAAAUGCUACAAACAAGGAAGGCUGUACUCCCCUGAUUUUGGCUGCUACAGAAAAUCAUCAGGAGAUGGUUGAGUUUUUAUUGAAAGAAGGAGCUGAUGUAGAUGCAAAAGACAAAUCCAAACGGACAUCAUUGAUGAUUGCUGCUAAUAAUGGCCAGAUUAGUUUGGUUCGGUUGCUCUUGCGGUACGAUGCAGAUAUUUCCAUAAAGGAUGAUAAAGGUUGGACAGCUGAUGACUAUGCAGUGAUGAAUGGACACCAUGCUUGUUCACAUCUAAUAAUUGAGCAUGGGACAAAGAAAAGACCACCCCAAUCCCCUCAUUUCUAUGGUACUAGUAAAGUGAAGGGUGCGUCUGUGUUCAGCAGUCCAAUCCGUGGUACUGAGUCAGGUUUUGCUGUGGGUGGACCAGCUACAGAUAAAGAAGAAUUGCAACAGUCUCCAAAGCAACAGUCAGGAGCAGGUGAUUCAGGGAAAGUUGGAGACAAUAUUUCACAAGAAGAAUCCAUUAGUAGGGUAUCGGAUAAGGGUGGAGCAGGAGACUCCUGGCCUUCAUCAGAUGAAGGUGAAGAAUUGGAUUUUAGCCCAAAGAAACUACAAAAGCCAAGCUUGACAAAACUAAUGAAUGCCUCCCAGAAGAGCAAGAACAAUGUUAAUGAGAAUGGUAAUGCCAGACCCCAACCUGUAGAGCAUUCAGAAUCUAUUAUAUCAGGGAGUGAAGGAGACUCAGAAAAAGAGAGUGAGAAUGAAGAUGAGAAAGACCACUCCCCUCCCAAGGCUUUUCCCACCUCCCUUCACCCGGCAAACCCUUCACCUGCCUCCUUUUCCAAACUUCCUCAGAUGACUUCCACCCCUCUCCGAAACUCCAAACAGGAAGAGUAUUCAGAGGAAGAGGAAGAGGAGGAAUAUGAAGAUCUUCAUAUUUCUGGGAAAAUUCUAAAAGAAUCUGGCACAGUCGGCAGUGCUGUUCCACCGAAUGAUUUAGAUGAAAAGGGAAGCCCUGCAAAAAAUAUAAAAAGAGAUUUUUUGUCUGAAUUGGGGCUGGCAGCAGCCGAGGAAGAUGAAGACUCUCCAUGGGACUCCGAGUCUGCUUCUGAUAGUCCAAGGAAACAACAGAGUGGGGCUUUAAACCCUGCAGCUAAGGCACAAACAGUGAUGCACAGUAUUUCCGAAGAGAAGAAUGAAGACAUAUUUUACAUUCCUUCUUUCUUAAGAGGAGCAAGAGACUAUAGGAUGGCUGAGCUAGAGGAUUCAAGGAGUGUAGGCAGGCCAGUGAGCCGAUUGAGAUUGGAUUUAGGAGGAAAUGAUACAGAAAAGCAGAAAGAUGUUUUGAAGACAACUUUGAAAAUCAAAGAGACUAUUUUUUCCAAUCUAGCUUUAUCCAAAGAGACAAGGGAAAAGCAGAAGACAGACUUCAUGGAGGAACUUGGUUUGGAUGAUGCAGAUGAUAUUGAAGAUGCUUCAGAUUGGGACUCUGCUAGCAUUGCAAGCAGAAAUCUGCCUGGCUGUAAAAUCCCAUCGCCAGUCCAUGAUGAAAUAAGUGCAAAACUGUCAGAACCAGAGUUAUCCACACCACAAAAGAAGACCCCAAAUAUAGUACAGUGUGCCAAAGCAGAUCAGAAAACAAGUGCUGAAAAGAGCCUGUCUCCCUCAAACUCUCCUCCACUGCCAGAAGCAAGAUCCUUGCAUUCUCUGACAUCACAACAACCACAACCACAACCGCAACCACGUUCGAAGUUAUUAGCUGUAAAAGCAGAUAGCGGAGAAGAUUCAGAUUGGGAUUCAGAAGAUGACGGUGUUCCAUCUGGUCCAGAAAAGUCUGGGAGACUUCCGAAACUUCCAGUACAGAACUUUGCUACCAGUAAGCCAGAAUCUACUGAUGCAGUGUUGUCCUCAGAAGACGACGACCAUGAAAAGAGUGCUCGCCUAAAAAAACAAGUUAAACAGUCUUUUUCUAUGUGUCUACCAAUGCUGCUGAAGGACAAAGAACUGUUAGAAACCCCCUUGGCAGUGCUAAUUAACACAACUCCUGACGCGGCAGACCAGGCAGAUACCCUAUUCAGAGAGCAGAACCAAGAAGGAAGUGAAAAUCAAACCACAGACAAAGUUAAUCUAUCUGCAGCCAGCUCUGCUGUGCCAUGGGAGGAGCGAUAUGAAAAGAUCUGGGUAGAAAAUGAAAAAAGAGAAGUAAAAUCCCAUUACAAGGAUGUGGCAGCUGAGUUGAAGAAGAAGUUUGGAGAGAUAUGUUUGGAACAAUCCAGAGCGCCAAGUUCCAUAUCGACACAUUUAAGAGUAGAUCUUAAUAAUGAAGAUGAUUCUAGUGAUGAAGAUGAGAUUGUACACCAGAUGGCAAAGACCCAAAGUGGAAUACUGCAACCGAUUCUAGAACAGGAGUCCAGGUUAGAAGACUCUAUUACAGAACCCUCUAAGCCAGAACUGAAAGGUAGUAAAAUACCAGAUAAAGCAGUAAACUCAAACAAACAAGCUGAACAUCUCUCUAAAGAAGAUGAGAAUGAAAUACAACCACUAAUACAGAAAAGAGAAAACGAUGUUGCUGGCUAUGACACAGACCUGGACUCUGAUUCUGAGCAAUGUGCUGAAGAGAAACCAAAAUGCAGACUUGAUGGAAGUGGAAGUUCUGUUGAAAACAAUACAAAUCCUGGCCAUAGUAAAAACUCCAAGGAAGAUGACAAAUACCAAGAUUUUGUGAAAACUGGUCAGAAGAAAACUCCAUUAUCUGAAUGUGCACCAGCUUCUAAAUACCCAUCAGAUGAAGAGCUUGAGGGAGAUAUGAAGAGGUUUAAGAAUGAGGUUGUAUUCCUGGCUUUGGAGAAAGAAAAAGCGCAGCUACAGAAAGAGGUUGAGGGAGAAAAGAAAAAGAAACUCCUGGGAAUGCAAAGAUCAAAUGCAAUUAAGGGUUUAGAGGGACCAAGAAAUGUAAACAGACAAACUGGGGAUGAAACCGAGACAAUUAUAAAGCAUGAAGCCACCCAAAGACUACAGCCUAAAGGAAUGCAAGGUUCUGAAAAACUGAACACUUGUAAUCAGAAGGACCAAAAGCAGCUCAACAACCCAAGGAGUAAUAUUAAACAAAGAGCAAAUGCAACACAUGCUAAAAGAGAUGACCUUUUCUCGGAUGAGGAGGAUGUAGAUAAUAAACGGAUUUCAAAUCUGAACACUGCUGGCAGACAGUCACAGCAAGCUACCUUUGUUAAUGGAGAUCAGCUUUCUGUAUUUGAUGAUAGUACUUUAAGUGAGAUGUCAGAAGAUGGAGGAAGGCCGACAAUACCCCACAAUUGGAAAAGCAAGAGCAAUAAGCAAAUGGAAAUUGCAGAUGACUUUGAUGACUUCACCCAGUCCUCUGACACUGCUACAGACAGCAUGGACUCACCUGCCUUAGGAUACAGAAAUGCAUCUUUGUUGAUUAAACAGCUUGAAACUGGUACAAUAGAUUCUGUAACUUUGGUCAAAAUUCAGAACAUGUUCCAUGAAUAUGAGCGCACCAUUGAGAGAGAGAAAGGGCGCUAUAGUAUGCUGUCAGAUAACAUCGCUCAGCUAUUAAACGAGAGAAAAGAACUACAAAAGGCUCUGGAGGAUAUCCAGGAAGUGAAAUCCACCCUGGAACACCAGCAGGUGGAAUGGGAGACUGAUCUUAACAACCAAAAGUUUAUUCUGAAGCAGGAGCAGGAGAAGCAUAAGAAUGCUGAAAUGCUGUAUGAGAAGAGCAGAGAGCAGCUGCGAAAGAAAGAGGAGCAGUUCCGCAAAGAGGUGGAGGCAAAACAGCAGCUGGAGCUCACCUUGAGGAACCUGGAGAUGGAGAUGAGAGCCUUGAUUAGUAACAUGAAGCAGCUUGAAGAUGAGCGGAACGAAGUGCAACGCUGCUUGUCUCAGGAACGCAGUGCCAGGGCUCUGCAGGAAGGAAUACUAAACAACCACCUUCAUAGACAAAAGGAAAUUGAAGAGGAAAACAAAAAGACUGUCUCAAAAAGCACAGAGGUUUUUUCCCAGCUCUCUGAAGUGAGUGACAGAGAAAAGGGUCUGCUUCAGCAGAACCGCAGUCUUCAGGAUGAGAUAUCCGUGUUAAAGCUGGAGCUGGAUCGGGUUCGAGCCCGUAGCCAGGAAGAGGAGGGGCAGUACCUUGAGGAGAAUGAGGCUCUGAAAGAAAAAAUGGAAGAUCUGAAACGAGAUCUAAAACUAAACGAAGAAGCCCUGGCACAGACUGUCUUGCAGUACAGUGGACAGCUGAAUGCUCUGAAGACAGAAAGCACCAUGAUGACCUCCAAACUGGAGCAGGAGAAGCAAAAUAAUGACAAGCUAGAGACAGAUGUGGAGUCUUUGCGUGCACGACUGACCUCGGCACUCCAGGAGCUUGAGCGCAGUCAGUCUGGCAAAGUGGAUGCAGAGCGAACCUUCCAGCGAGAGCGAGAUGAGUGGCUCCGCCUGCAAGAAAAGCGCACUCAUGAGACCACAAGCCUGCGGGAUUCCAUUAACAGCUUGUCACAACAGCUCAGCAAAGCGGAAGCGAAGGCUAACUCUCUGGAGAAUGAGUGUCACCGUGCCACACUGUCCCACACAGAGAAAUCGCUCCAGUUAGAAAGCAUGCAGCGUGAGCGAGAGCAAGCCCAGUCCCGCCUGAAGGAGCUGGAGGGCUUACUGCAGGCUGAGAAGGAACAGGCGAGCAAGUCCUCAGUUCGACAGGAAUCCAUGCAAGAAAGGAUGGCCCAGGCGCAGAGUGAAAACAUACUACUGCGUCAGCAACUAGAAGAGGCGCAGAACAAGGGAAUCAUCAAGGAGAGGGCAGUGAGCGACGUACAGGACCGCUUCAGUGACAUCUUAACAAACCUGCGGGCAGACAGCGAAGGGAGGGUGCAGAUUAUGGAAGAGAGGAACAAGGAACUUAUGGCCAAAAACGUUGAACUCAGGGAGCAGGUCUACAGGCACCAGAAUGAAAAAGCAGAGAGAGAGUUCAUCACAGAGCACGAGUCAUCCUUCCAUCACAGGAAUAUAAUACAAAGUGUACCACUUCACCACCAGGCUGCUUUAAGGCAACUACAACAGGAACUUGCUGAUGCUCUAAAGAAAUUGUCCAUGUCUGAGGCAUCACUGGAGGUCAACACUCGCUAUCGCAAUGAUCUUGAGGCAGAAAAAAUUCGGUUUCAGAAAGAUAUCGACAGACUGAAAGGAAAGCUGCAGGAAACGGAAGACCAGUUCAUUCAGUCAGAGCGUCGGAUUCACGAAUUAAAGAAUGCACUAGAUGACAAAGAGCGAGAGGUGAUUGCCUCCUCACAGAAGCUGCAGGAGAGUCUGUCUGCAUCCUCUGGAAUGGAGAAGACAGUCAAGCAGUUGGAUGAACAUAUUCAAAGACUUGAGAUUGAAAAUGCCAGAUUGGAGGCUACAGCCAAACAGCAGACAAAUAGAAUAGAGGUUCUGCAAAAAGAAGUGCACGAGUCUGCUGCGACGUCAGAUCAACCAGCUGAGAUGGGGGUGCGGAAUCGUUUAGAGGAUUUGGUUACAAAUUUACAAGGAGCCAAGAUCAAUUUAGAAGAGCAGCUUAUUCAAGAGGCUCAAAAACAAAGUAUGCUGUCGCAUAAUGCACAAGACUCGCAUCUCCUUUGGGAAGAAGAACUGAAGUCAAGAUCCAAACUAGGGCAUAGACUGGCUCAGCUAGAAAGAGAAAAAGUUGAAGUGACAAGCCAGAUGGAAACAGAAAAGAAAAAGACUAAAAAGAUAGCAGAGCUAAAGCGAUGUACAGAGGCAAGGCUUGACCAGGAGAUGAAGAGAAACAGUGAACUUCAAAAGGAAAUUAACAGGAUGAGAACACUUGUUAAAACCACCAAGAAAAAGCAGAAGCAGCAAGAGACUGGAGAGUUUGCAUCCCAGCUCAGCAGCAUUCGGGGGGACCUGGAUAACAGACACCUGGAGACUAUUGCUAGAUUAAAGUCCAAGAUUGAUGAACUCUCCCAGCAAUUAGAAAAAGAAUCCUUACAAUCGACAAGGCUAGAAUCCACCAAUAGUGAUUUGAGGGAACAACUGUCUUCAAUGAAAGCACUGCGCAAAAGCCAUGAGAAGCUGGAGAGGAGCAAGAGGCAACUUGAAGAGGAGGUGUCAAGUGUUCGUCACCAUAUGGAAACAAUGAUCGAGCAAUGCAGACGAGAGGCCGAGGAAAGGGCUAGACAGGAGAUAAGGCAAAAACUCGAAGAAGUCAAUCUGUUUUUGCAGACCCAGGCAGCCUCUCAAGAAGCCUUAGAACAAAUAAAAGCCACCAAUGAAGCAACUUUAAGAAACCAGCUGGAACAAAGAAUAAGAGACCUUGAGGGAGAGCUGAGUAGAGCACAGAGCACACAGCAGAACAGCUUGAGCCAGCGGGACUCGACGCAGACCGAGCUGGAGAGAUACAAGGAGCUUUAUUCACAAGAAUUAAAAUUACGCAAGUCCUUGGCAGCCAAACUAGAUAGAUCGAAUGAGAGGCUGGCUGAAGCCAACACUAAGCUGCUGCAUGAGCGUCAGCACAACAAAUCGUUCAUAGCUAGCAGCAUUGUAAACGGGAGCCUGACUGCAAGUCCUGUCUUUGACGUGAAUCAGCUUCAGGGCAGCAUUGGAAACUUUGGUGGCACUCUGGGCCCCCUUAAUAGAAAUCUAGGGCUUGGAGGAAGUUUCCUGAACCCAGUGGGAGAUGGUUCGUCUCUAAACAGCAUGGAUGCUUACAUAGCAAAGAUGCAAAAUGAAUUGGAGAAAAGCAUCACAAAGGAACUAGACCAUGCCACAGCCGAGCUGGACGGUGGAUCUACGAGAAUGUCUCCUGUUGGAUCAGCUGCUGGCUCUCUGAAAAGCCUAAACCUUGACCAGGAUCCUGUCGCCAGAGCGACUCAGCAAUACUUAGAGGUCUUAAAGAAAAACUACAUGAUUUAAGUAGAAGAUUAUGCAUGUUCCAUGUUUACAUUAAAUGUCAAUUCAAUGUGCAUAAUAUGUAAAACAAAUAUUGAAUGUAAAAACUAGAAAACAAAAUAAUUCAAUUUUCCAUUAUUUAUUGAUUGAUUUUUUUAUUGCUCGACUUAAGUGAUGCACAUUGCACUUGUAUGCUCAGGAGGGACACAACAUUGUUUUCAAGUAUCUUCAUAUUUAGAGCCAUAUUUUCAUUAAAGCAGCAUUAUUGAUGUUUAAACCUGGAAUCCAACUGUUCCAGGCUAUUCUUUGUAAUUUUUUUUUUUUUUUAAUAUGUAUACCCUAUUUUAUUGUUAUGCAAUAUAUAACGUGUACAGUACAUUCUGCCUAUAUUAUCAGUUGCAGUCUGUUUGGAUAUUUGAGGUAGUUGUUUUGUAUUUAACGGUUUCUUCCAUUUUCCGUGCAGUAUUAGAUGCAUACUUGCCAAGGUAUUUGUAGACUCACUACAUUUUGUACAUGCCAUUAAAUGGUGCAGUGCUCAUUUG